UUUUCACUCUCUCGCUCGCUUGCUCCGCUAGUUGCGAAGAAUAUUCCAAAUAACCCCUCGUCUCCAGGCAGUGUUUUACCUCCGCCCCCUCUUCCCCGUCCUCCCGUUUUACUUUGACCCCAUGUCCCUGACUCUUCUCUCACCCGAAGUCCGCCGUUGAGCUCUCCCUACAUUGCCUGUUUUGUUCUGUUAGUCCUUGCUCACCCAAAAAAAAAAAAAUUCCCAAUAUGGAAACCCUAGGGUCUACUGAAACCCUAGCCGAGGAUUCCGCCAAGAAGCCCCCCGAAUCGCAGAACCUAGGGGAGCUCGUGGGACCUAGGGUUUCGAAACUGCCGGCGGGAGAAGCCCUAGCUCCGGUGCCGGGAGCUGAAGCUAAAACCCUAGGGAUGGGGUUUCCGCUGAAGGCCGGCGAGGCCGAGGAGGAGGUGGAGCGGCACUCCUUCGCCGUCGGUGAUUUCGUGUGGGGGAAGAUCAAGAGCCAUCCAUGGUGGCCGGGGCAGGUGUACGACCCCUCCCGAGCUUCGGAUCAUGCCAAGACGGUCCACCGGAGGGACCGGUCGGUUCUCGUGUCGUAUUUCGGGGACGACACGGUCGCAUGGCGCCAACCUGCGCAACUGAGGCCCUUGGUGCCGGAGUUCCACCGGAUGGUGAAGCAGAGCAGCUCCAAGAGUUUCGUCGGCGCCGUGGAGGACGCCCUGGGGGAGAUCGGGCGGUGCCUCGAGCUCGAGCUUACUUGCCACUGCAUGCCCCCGGAGGCCCGGCCGGCGAGUGCCAGAGGCCAGGUGGGGAGGGCUCCGGUAGUAAAUUUCGCGCCUUUGGAGUUCCUCGAGCAUCUUCGUCAUGCAGCUCGUGAUGUUUCGGUGGUUGAUAUGCUGGAAGGCGUGAUGCUGAAGAGUUGGAUCAUGGCAUUCGGGAAGGGAUGGAGCCAUGGUAUGGCUGGGUACUACCGGCGCCGGGGGAUUAUGGAGCUGGUGGACAAGAUUGAUCUUGAUGUCCCACCAGGGGAUCUGACUGACGGCAAGGAGGAGGACGAGGAGGAGUAUUGGACCACGGGGAGCUGUGCCGUGAAAGCGCCGAAGAUAUCAGCUGAGAAAUCGUUCAGGAGCAGGAAGAAGAGAAGCAUGGCGAAGCUCAUCGCGGAGAUGGAUUUGGAUGCUGUUGAGGUCAGUGAUGGCGAAGAGGACAAGGUGAAGGAGAAAGUCGAGCUGGGGAAGCACAAGAAGAAGAAUGAGAAGGAGAAAGGUUCAAAGAUGGAACAUAGUGGUGUUAAGGCUGACGAAGAGAGCAGUUUGGGAAGACGGGAGCGGAAGAAGAGCAAGUAUUUGUCACCUCCCUACACUUACUUGAGCGGGAAUACAAAGUAUUUGGCCUCACCGAGGAGUGCAGAGACGAAGACGCCAAGGAUGAGUAUUGAUUCCUCUAGGGCUUUGCCACCUGAGUCCCCAACGAUUUUGAGAUGCGGCAGUGACACGGUUCAGAAGGAAGUGGAAGAGGAUGGGAUGAGUUCUCCGAUCAAAGUCGACAGCACUUCGGCGCAUGAGAUUCUUGCAGAGUUCCUCUGCACAGCAGUUAAUCCGCUUCACCUGAAAUGGAAUCGUUUGGCCAAGACAAUCAGGGGCUUCUUUGCCACAUACAGAAGCUCGAUGUACUCUAAUGGCUCCGAGUUUGCGGCUUACCAAAAACACCAGGCUGAAUCUUGUAGGAUAAAUGGAAAAACUGCGAAUAAAGAUGUGGUGGAUUGGCGGAAAUCUGAGGGGAAGAGGAAGCAAAAGAAGGAUGGGGCUCGUGGAGGUCCGGGUCCUGAUUCAGCCAAUCACUCUGAGCAAGGUAAGGUGGGAAAGAAGAGAAAGACGAGCACUCACUUUGAAGCUGUGGUUAAUUUGAAUAAACCCCAGAUUUUAGAUGUUCCGGUGGGAAGUAAACCGGCGAGGAAAUACAGAAAAGGCAAGCAUGGUGCUAAUGGUGAAACCAUCCCGAAUUUGUGCGACGAGCCUCCCAAUUCAUCAGAAGCAGCAGCUAAGGUAGGGGGGCAGAAGAUGGUGAGGAGCAAGGAAGUUGCUAAUGGAAAAUCUCCGGUGGAACCAAGUCACGAGUUUGGCGGUCGGUCUCGAGAAGGUAAGUCUGGGCAGAGAGGGAGGAAAAGCAAAAAUGUACCUAAUAGUUUGCCUGUGCUAGAUUUGGACCGUGAGGUUAUUAACGGUCCGAAUGAAGGUAAAUAUGGGCGGAAAAGGAGGAAGAGGAAUGGAAAUAUCUAUGGGAAUCCAGCAGCUCUUCAGAUGAAAUUUGCUCCAGGCAUCACUCUGCCAUCCAGGGAUGAGCUCGUCUCCACAUUUAGCCAGUAUGGGGUCUUGAUUGAGUCCGAGACAGAGCUGCUGCAAGAGACUGGCAGUGCUCGUGUUGUGUUUGCCAAGAGCACCGAAGCAGAAAAGGCCUUCAAUAGUUUAGACAAGACGGGAAUUUUUGGGGCCCCAUAUGCUACUUACAGCCUCCGUUAUCUACCUGCAAUAAGCUCACCACCAUCAUCUCCUAUUCCCGUUCCAAAGCCUCCACUUCCUUACAUAAGGAAGAGCCUUGAGAGGAUGAUCUAUUCUCUGACUGGUUCUUCUACCCCAGCAAAAGAAACAGGGUCUUCUGAUGGGCUGAAGCCAGAGGCAAGGGAUAACUUAGUGGGUGAGAUGCAGGGCCUCCUCAAGAAGGUUAACAAGAUGCUGAACGGACCUGCUGCUGGUACCCCUUCUUAAUUCCACCAUUUUAUAGAUAUCUGGAUCUAACCUAUUUAGCUUUAGCGUCUCUGUUAACCUUUAUGUUGGUUAUGUAUGUUAUUUGGUAAAAGACUACCUGCUCUCUUUCGGCUGCCGGAACAAUGGUGCUCAGAACCCAUAUGGGUUUGUUAUAUCUUGGUACAUUGUUCCUGUGCAUGGUAGACUUUAAUUACUGCUGCAUAUUUAGAUAAUGGAGACUUCAGCAUGCCGUUCUUUGAACUUGUUAGUCGCAUGUGAUUGUAUAUGGAUCGUUAGAAUAGCUUAUGCAUUUUUAGAAAGAGUGUCUUGCUAA